AUGAUGACUUGCAGAAAUGGAGACAUAAACACAGUACCCCUCCAAACAGCACAAAAUUUGCAGGAUCUUCCAUAUAGCCCUUCGCUUUGGUGUAGCCAGCACUCUUCUUCUGUCACAUAUUUCAUUAUUGCUGGAAUUCCUGGACUCCAUGACUGGAAAGCACGAAUUGUUCUGUUUGUGGUUUUCCUUGCCAUAUAUACCAUUACUAUACUAGAAAACUUCAUUUUCAUUUUUGUUAUAAAAUUUGACAAUGGUCUCCAUUCUCCAAUGUACAUGUUUAUCUGUAAUCUAGCCUUUUUAGAUCUGCUUAUUCCUUCUGUUACCAUUCCAGAAAUGUUGUACUAUUUAAUAACAGAAGAUGGUUCUAUUGCUUUUGGUCCAUGUAUUACACAGAUGGCCUUUUAUCUUACAUUCUUAAUAACUGAAAGUUUUACUUUGGUGGUUAUGGCUUAUGAUCGUUACCAGGCCAUAUGCAACCCCUUACUUUAUCCCACUGUCAUGACAACCAAGCAUGCCUUCUUGUUGUCUACUUUGUGUUGGACAAUAGGAAGUACAGACGCGAUGCUGCGUGUAUACUUUGUGCUAUCUACAUUCUUUUGUGGAGCAAAUAGGAUUGAAUAUUUCUUGUGUGAUUAUGCAUCGAUUAUGUUAUUGGCUUCAACAGAUGUUACAAUCAAGAUUCAAUAUAAUAUGUUCAUGUCUGUAAUGAUUAUCUCAGUCCAGCUAUUUCUUGUUCUGUUUUCCUAUGGAAAGAUUAUUAUGGCAGUAUUCAGAAUCAAUUCUGAUGAGGGUCAGAGAAAAGCUUUUUCUACCUGUGGAAGCCAUCUUCUUGUCAUAGGUGUCUUCUACAUAGCGCUGGCCUUUGUCUUAGUCUCUUAUUCUUUACCAGGAAUUUCUGAACAGAUACGUCAGGCAUUGGCUGGCACCAGAACUGCGGAACUGCCUUCUCCUGAUGUUAGAAGUUCAGUAGCCUCUGACUAUGAUAGUGAACAGGCACAGCCAGGAGUUGCAUGGCAUAGUGCAUUUGGAGGAGCUUGCCCAGACAUGGGUGCAGAUACUUUUACUGAUGUAGGAUUUGUUCCAGAGAGUUUGGAAUCAAAGGCAAACAUUGCAAGAAACUGUCAAAGCUGA